GGCCGAGUGGUUUGUCCGCCGGGUUUCAUAGCGUCGCCGACUCGAGAGGUCCCGGGUUCGAAUCCCGGUGGGGCAAAUGUUUGUGUGAUGAAUAUGAGCAUUAGUACUUCAGUCAUGGAUAUUUAAUAUGUAUUUCUAUAUAAAUAUACUUAUGUAUGUACUGUAUAUUUAUUUAUUCUAUCCGUUACCCUAGUAUCCCAUAACAUAAGCCUUACAAUGCUUACUUUGUGACUAGGUUAAUUGGUCAUGAAUUGCGGUGGUUAUUUCCACUGGUUUCUUCGUCAUACAUUUUUGUCAUAGUAGUGACCAAGAAGAUAUACAAUACCUGUUAGGCAUACUCUUGAAUCUAAUCUUAAUGUCAAUUUGAAGCCAAUCCAAUAACAAUACAAUACAGAAACUAUUAUAUACGAUACUCUUGAAACGCUUGAAAUUGGCAUUGCAUUGAAAUUGGAAUUGAGGUUUUAUUGGAAAGUUACGCAUGAAGUUAACCUAUAACCCUAUAACCUUAAUUAUGCCCUAUUUGCUUAUUAGUCCUGCUAUUUUCAUGUUGGCCUAGAGUAGAAGCGAAUUUCAGUGACAAUUUCUAGACCUUCAAAUCCGUAUCUAAUAAUAUUAUAAUUUGUGAAGAACAUUUUGCUGGUGUUGUGUUUCUGUCAGUGAGUAAGGUACCGGCCAAGUCACACAACAUUAACCAUAAUAAUAAAGAAAUCGUAGUUAUGAACCUUAGACUUGGCACAACUUUGUCUUGAUUUCAUUACUUUUUAGAGAUAAACAAGUAGUUCUUCCAUCGAGACUUGGCUAGUUUUUUACAGAAUGUUUUUGGUGGGAUUAUACUUGGAAAAAGGUAUGGGUUACAGAACAACAUUAACAUCUUAAAGUUUUGUAGAAUAUCUAAGAAUAUUUGUUUCUUAGUUUUUCACGCACAUCGCAUUCCUGCAGAGAACGUCAAUCUAAUAUAUGUAUAAAAUUCUCGUGUCGCGGUGUUUGUGGUUAAACUCCUCCGAAACGGCUUUCCCGAUUCUCAUGAAAUUUUGUGUGUAAAUUGGGUAGGUCUGAGAAUCGGACAACAUCUAUUUUUCAUCCCCCUGAAUGGUAAUCCACCCCUAAUUUUUUUUUUCAAUUUUAGAUAUUUUUAGUUUUAAUUUUUUUAUGAUACAUCAUACAAAAUACAUACAACCCUAAAUUUUCACCCUUCUACCACCAACCCCUAUUUUUUAUGGCGGUACUAAGUUCGCUGGGACAGCUAGUAAAUAAAUAAAAUAAGUGCAUCUAACCCGUUGAAACUCAUUUUAUUUAAUAACUAAUAAAUAAUUCUUACCAUGUCAUAUUCACCUACGCAUCCCUAGAAAUUGAUCGUAUUUAACGACGAGCAACUCCUUGCAUCGUUCAUAAUAUACGUAUAUGUGGCAGUGAAUGUUAAGGAAAAUGGCCGGUUUAAGACUCAUAGUGUUGUUGUGUACGUUCGCUGCAGUGACGCAAGCCUGCCGCCAGCACAACGAGAAGCGGUCACCACGAGAUGUUCCACCAUCAGCACCCAUGGUGGAGAGCGUCUCCGGCCGCUUCCAGGGCUCGUGGAUGAAGAGCAGGCGCGGGAGGAGCUUCCAGGCGUACCGCGGGAUACGAUACGCCCACGCUCCUGUGGGCGAGCUGCGAUUCCAGCCUCCGAAACCUGUGUUGGAGUACAAAGAGGUGGUGAACGCGACAGAGGACGGGCCCUCGUGUCCAAAGCCCUCGAGGCCCAAUUACGCCGUGGAUGAAGACUGCCUUAUUAUCAAUGUGUACACACCCACCAGCAACAGUUCAUCGUCCCUGCCUGUGAUAUUCUUCAUCCACCCGGGCGGGUUCUACACGAUGUCUGGCCGCAGCGACCUGGCCGGGCCGCACUAUCUGCUGGACCAGGACCUUGUGCUCGUCACCAUCAACUACCGCCUCGGGUCACUUGGCUUUCUUAGCACAGGCGAUAAACUAGCGCCCGGCAACAACGGUUUUCGCGAUCAGGUAGCUGCUCUUCAGUGGGUUCAAAGAAAUAUUCAUGCGUUCGGCGGAGAUCCGAACCUGGUCACUAUCGCCGGAUGCAGCGCCGGGUCUAGAAGCGUCAUGCUCCAUAUGGUCUCUCCUAUGUCCAAAGGGUUAUUCCACCGCGGUAUUUCUAUGAGCGGAUCUUCCAUGAGUCAGGACCCGUUGCCUGAUAAUCUCUACGAUCUGGCCGUGAAGCAGGCGCGUCUGGUGGGAUGCCCCGCAGAUAACUCCACUGUAAUCGUGGAAUGUUUGAAGACUAAGCCUUGGAGGGAGCUCGGAGGCUCGCUCCGUGGAUUCCGGGAGUGGGGCUUCGACCCGGUGCGUAUCUGGUCUCCAGUAGUAGAACGAGAUCUAGGUCACCAGCGCUUCCUGACGGAACAACCUGCUGAUACACUACGCCGCAACGCCGCGCACACCACGCCGCAUCUUAUCAGCCAGACUACUGACGAGUUCUUCUGGAGCGCUUACAACGUAAUCAGGAAUGAGAGUCUCCUAAACGACAUGAACGCGAAUUGGGAGCGUAUAGCACCAAUCAGCUUCCAGCUUCCCGCGGAGAACUCGUCCAUGGUGGUCGCCAAGUUGAAGGAGGUGUAUUUGAACAACAAACCUCUGAAGGCAGACGAGGAGAGCGCAAGGGCUCUGGGGAAAAUAUACGGAGACGCGAUUUCAGGAUUUCCGACGCACAGGAUGGCGAAUCUAAUGUGCCGCCAUUCCCCUCACAAGGUGUUCUACUAUGAGUUUGCUUAUAUCGGCAACCACAGUCACUAUGAGGAUCCUGUCACUGGGAAACCAAAAGGUGUAGCGCACCACGACGACAUGAUCUACCUGUUCUCGCUGAGCUACCGGUUCCCCUUCAUCACUGCAGAUGAUGAGAACCCUGACUCCAGGAUGGUGGACUUCAUGACUCACAUGUGGUACAACUUCGCCAAGAACGGAGACCCAAAUCCCCUAGACGGUGGUAUACCGUCGUGGCCCGCGAUGUCCCCGCAGAGACGUCACUUUCUAAGGAUAGAAUCACCUCCCACAUUGCACGAGAACAUGUUCGAAGAGCGUUUUAGUGUAUGGGAUGAGCUUUACCCGAUCAAAUACUGAUCAUAAAAAAAUAGUCUUAGUAUAAAGUAUUAGUUAGUGUCAAUUAGUAGUGAUUUUUGCUAUUUACGGGAGUAUUACCAUGUACCUUGUUUUUAGCGAGUUUCCGAUAUUAAAUUUCGCCACAUCACACUAACAUGUAACAUUACUCCGUGAUCAUGGCGCUUGCAACUUGCAUGGUACAUGAUAACGAUCCAAUAACAUAAAUAACUAUAAUGUUAGUGACCAUAAAAGGUUAAAACAAUAUACUGUCAAUUAGUUCUUAAGUUUUAUUUAAUAAUUAUAAUGUUAUCUUCUUUGCCAUAGUUUUAGUUAAGAAGAAACAUCCCUUAACCAAUAUUUGAAAUAAUUUGACGUUUCUCAGAAUGUAACUUGAUUUAUUUUUUUUACAUUGCAUUAUUUACACAAAAUUUUUGUUAAUUUAUUAGCUGCUAAUAAAAUAUUUUAAUAUGAAUAAAAUUU